AUGGUAAUUAGUGCGCAAAAGGUGGGGUCCAAAUCACCAGUUCAUGCCGAGACUCUUUUCGGGCUCGCUAUGGGAAUGAGUAGCAAUCCCGUGUCUGAAUAUAUCGACGUGGUAGUUGACCUUAUCCGGAGAGCAUCUGUUCUAGGUUACAAGCCAGCUCAAGCCAUCUGUCAACAGAUAUGUCUGGCUCAAAAUAAGCCAGUCCCUUCAAGAGAAACCCUUGCGGAAUGGGAAAAGAACUCUCUCGAGUCUGGAAUCAUGUUUACACCAGGGACCAGCGUAUUAACUUUGGAGGAGACCAACACAGCAAAGGAUGUCUUUCGAAAUGCUGGAGGAUUCGGCAAUAGUGGUUUUACCUCGAUUCCACACAUACUAGAGAUGGUCUCCGACAUAUUGCGAGUCGAGGAAUUGAUCCUGAGAGAGGGAUCUUUCCACCCAGUCGAUCUUGAUGGAAAUUCAAUAGGCCAUGUCAUGGCAGCCUUAGGUCUUUGCAAACCACUAACAUCCCUUCUCAACAAGUAUCCACAGGAGUUAAAAGCUACAAAUGAUAACGGGGAAACGUUGCUCUACAAAGCUUGUCAGGCUGGCCACAUUGGCAUUCUUCAAGUUCUGCGAGGAUUUGGUGAGAAGUUGUCGAUAAUUGGAACGCUCAAGGAGAACUUGACCCCUCUUCGUUGGCUAUUCAUGUUCAAGGACAGUGAUAUUGCCACAGCGUGUGGAUACCUCGUCGGCAGGGGCCAACAACUUGUUAAUUGCCAAAUGAUACCAAUAGAUAUCGCAAGCAACUCUAGAACCUUACAUAAGACACAUUUUAUGAUAUCCCAUUAGUGAGUUUCCUUUUGUCAAUAAUGUAUUACUCUGGCUAAUUUAAACGAGCGCCUUUGAACUGCCAUACGGCACUCCUCUUCAUUGGGCGUGCGCAAGUAGAAACUUUGUGGCAAUGGAAGUUUUACUUCGUCAUGGGGCUGAUGUUGAUGCCAAGUGCUUUAACAACCACGCUCACACAACCCCUCUAGCGUUGGCUAUUCAUUGUGGAGAUGUAGAGGUUGCCUCCUUUUUGCUUCAACGGGGGGCAAACUUUGAAGUCAGGGAUGAAAAGAACAGAAGUCUGCUUCACCAAUUGUUAAUCAAUACCCCCGCACUAUAUGGGUGGCUUCCAUCCCAAUGGCAUUCUUGGAUUCGACAUGGCAAUUGGAAAAAGCAUCUUUCAGCGAUGUCUAAAAUGGUCGAUCUUUUGCUUUGUGCUGGUUCUGAGCUUGAGUCUCUUUCAACCGGUUAUACUCCUCUUACUCCGCUUCUCACUGCUGCUUCUGAGAAUAUUCGUUGUGAUGAAGGGGCGAUGCUUGCCUUGAUAAACGCAGGAGCUGAUGCAAGCAACCCAAAAGCUAGCUGUAACGACUCUGCUCUGAUACUGUGUAGCAGUGUUGCGUCGGAAAACGUCGCAUACCCGACCGGCUAUCCACAAAUAAUGAAAGCAAUUAUUGGUGGUGCGAAGGAUUUGAGUCACGCAAAUCAAUUUAACAAGCAGACAGCACUUCACGUUGUUUCGGGGCUUAAGAGUAGUCGGGAUCAAUUCGAAUCAAAUAUCUCUGCUCUUUUUUCCGAACCAUCACCGCCCAACAUCGAAGCGGUGAACGAAUAUGGAAACACCCCCUUAUUGUGGUCUUUAAGCGAGACGUCCGAUGCACAAUUUCGAGCCAAGAUUCUUCUAGAACAUGGAGCUGAUAUUCACUUUGUAAAUUCACGUGGCGAAAACGUUAUUGGCGCCAUCACAGAGAACAAAAACUUAAUGGACGGCGAUUCUCUCGUUCUCAUUAAAACACUUCUCCUUCGAGUUAACGCAAAUUUCGAAUCUGCGUAUCGAGAAUUCAACGAAUCUAGCAAGGCUGCUCUGUGGAACUGCUCCAUGUUCGCUCGGCCGAAGACUUUACAAUUCCUUCUGGACCUUGGUCUGAAUAAAUACAUCAAUGAGGUUAAGCUCGAACUGAACGAAUCAGCAAAGACAGCGCUUGAUAUUGCUCUGGACAACAGAGAGAAUUCUCGCCAUCAGCAUAUUGGCCAUCUUUCCGCAUAUCUAGAAACGCCUGGUUCCAAGCUGAUGGAGGACUCAUCCUGUCAAGCAUAUUCUGCCUUUCAAGGGGGUCAGAAGCGAGCUUGUAUGUCUGCUCAGAAGUCCACAAACAUGAUAAAAAUACUAACUCGUAUACUAGAUGAGGCCUAUUGGGCGUUCCCUACCACGAUCCAAAUUUUGAUGAAGCAUGGUGCGAAGCGUGGUUGGCAAUUAGGAACAGAGUAUAGCUGCGAGAAUAUUUGGCAACCGCGAGAUUACGACUUUGUCAAUAUCUAUGUGGCGGGGCUCUCACCUAGUAUGCAACCAAACCGUGAGCAUUAGUCAGUACUUUAUGAGCUUGCAAAGUAUAAAGAUACUUGGGUGAAAGAGCAAAUUUGUGCUUUAAUUCCAUGGUAUCAGAAUGGAACAUUCCUACCGAGUAUUACUGCGUUGGAAAAUCGACCUGAGCUUGUUGACGAGCUUCAGAAGAUCUCCAAGGAUGGCUAUAUCAAAGCUGUAUCAAGGGAGCAACGAAUAGUGAAAGUAAGAGUGGAGGAUGGAAAGAUUGUGGAGAACAGGUAA